AUGGGAAGUGUUGUAGUUUGGUAUUCACAUUAUUUAAAUUCUUUUGUAGCAUACACAACCCAAGAAACUAAAGAUACAAUGUCGAGAUUAUCGUCUGAAAAGACUACGACUAUUGUCAACGAAGAAGGUAUUUCAGUAUCGACAUACGAUGUUGAAUCAGGUGUGGAGAAUUCCAAGGGUUUCGGCCAUAAUCCAUUUAAGGAUCCCAAAGUCGCAGAGUAUUACCGCGAACUUUAUGAAAGUAGUGGGUAUGAAUGUAGAGCUGCAUUCGAUCCAGAGUUCACUUGGACUGAGAGUGAGGAGAAGAAGUUAGUUAGAAAGUUGAAUUGGAGAGUUGCCAUGACGGCAUGUUUUCUUUUCGUGGCUCUUCAGUUGGAUCGUGGUAACUUGGCUCAAGCUGUUGCCGAUAAUCUACUAAAAGAUAUGCAUAUGAACACAAACGAUUACAAUGUGGGUAAUCAAAUCUUCUAUGUGUCUUUCUUUGUCGCCGAAUUACCAUCUCAGUUGAUUUCCAAAAGAUUAGGUCCAGAUAGAUUUGUGCCAUUCCAAAUGUGCGCUUGGUCUGCUGUUGCAAUGUCACAGGCUGCUAUGCACAACAAAACAGGUUUCUACAUCUGCAGAUGCUUACUUGGACUUUUAGAAGGUGGAUUUAUUGCCGACCUUGUUUUAUGGUUAACUUAUUUCUUCACCAGUAAAGAACUUUCUCUAAGAUUGUCCUGGUUCUGGACGAGUUUGUCAAUUGUCCAAAUUGUGAGUGCCCUUAUGGCGUAUGGUAUUUUGAGAAUGCGUGGGAAACAUGGCCUAACCGGAUGGCAAUGGUUAUUCUUGUUGGAAGGUAUCAUAACAUUUUUAAUUGGUUUGGCAGGAUUCUACCUAAUGGUUCCAAGUGCUGUGCAAACCAAGAAUUGGAUGCAUCCUAAAGGUUGGUUUACUGAAAGAGAAGAAAAAAUAGUUGUCAACAGAGUUCUAAGAGACGAUCCAUCCAAGGGUGAUAUGCAUAACAGACAGCCAUUGUCCUUUAAAUUGAUCUGGGAAGCCCUUAAGGACUAUUAUUUAUGGCCAAUUUAUGCUAUUGGACUAGUAGCAUAUGCUGCUUAUAAUACCCUAGGGGCAUAUUUGACUCUAACACUUAAAUCUGUUGGAUUCGGUACCUUGAAUGUGCAGUUACUUUCGAUCCCAUACCAAGUUAUUCACAUUAUUCUAUUAAUUGGUAUCACCUGGCUGUCCGAAAGACUUAAUGAAAGAGCAUACAUGGGAAUCAUAGCUGCUGUUUGGAACUCUUUAUUCGUCGGUAUUUUGAGAUGGUGGAGUGGCUCUUUAGUGAACGCUUGGCCAACAUUCGCACUCUGUACCUUGUUACUUGGUGCACCUUAUAUUCAUGCUAUUUGUGUCAGUUGGGUUUCGAGAAAUUCCAAUUCGAUUAAAACCAGAGCCGUGUCCUCAGCUCUUUACAACAUGGCAGUCCAGGUUGGUUCUAUCUACUGCACACAAAUUUACAGAAAUGAUGAUAAACCUCUAUAUCACAGAGGUAACACCGUCCUUUUCGUAUUCGCAAUCGGAACUAUUCCAUUGUACCUUUUCACCAAAUGGUUCUAUCACAGCAUAAACACCAAGAGAGAAAAAAUAUGGAGUGAGAUGACUGAUGAAGAAAGGAAAGAGUACAUUGCCACUACCGAGGAUAAGGGCAACCGUCGUUUGGACUUUAGAUUCGCCGAAUGA